AUGGCGAAUAAGACCAAGAACAAGACCUAUGGAAAGAAGAGGGGCAUCGAUCUUACCGCUGCGUUCGAAAGCCUCAAGCUCUCCCCACCAAAAGAUACAAAAGACCGAGAGGAUGAAGGAAGGCUAGCCUUGAGCCCGAUAUCACACAAUGCAGCGGUCAAACUCAAAGUUGCGCCUUCUCCUGAUACUGCCCCAUCGAAAGAGACCUUCCCAGUUGCUAAAGACCCCGAAAUCGCUCAGCCAAAGCCGGCAAGUCCUUCUUCAAAUGACGUCGACCCACCACCUCCCAAGCGACGUGGGCGAAAGCCGAAGCAAAAAGCAACUCCGCCUCCCCCAUUAUCAACAAAUGCCGCAGAAAAUCACGAUGGCGCCCCAUCAAACGACCUCCCUACACCAAAUGUCUCCCUGCCAGCCCUCCAACCCCUCCUCUCCCUCCCUUUCAUCGAACCAACAUUCCACUCCUUCGACUCCUCCUAUCAUACCUGGAGUCAAACCUUUCAAAUCACAAAAGUCUCUCAAGGCUCUUAUGCCUCUAUUCUCCGACUCGCGCUGAAAUCUGAUCCCUCUGUAUACACGAUGUGGAAGCUUAUGCCCCUCCGCCCCUCCUCGGGAAAAGGCAGUCGUCUCGAAGGCGCCACCAGCAUCUCCGAUGCCGUAGCCGAAGUUCGCCUAUUAGAAGCCAUGAGUCGAAGUCCGGGGUUUGUGGAAUUCCGAGGUGCUCGGAUCCUGCAGGGCGCCCUGCCGGAAGGAUUAGAAGAGGUGGCGAGGAAAUGGUGGAUGGGACUGUACAGGGAAGAGAAGCUGGAAUUGGGGGAGUGGGGUGAAGAGUGGGGGAGAGGGUAUGGGGAGUCGCAGGUAUGGCUGUUCAUUGAGAUGACGGACGCUGGGUGCGAUUUGGAGAGAUGGUUGACGCCGAAGAGAGGGGCAGGGGAGGCGGAGCGAAGUCUCUUUGAGAUAUGGGAUGUGUUUUGGGGGAUCGUGGAGGCGCUGGCACAUGGAGAGGAGCAUGCCGAAUUUGAACAUCGGGAUCUGCAUCCAGGAAACGUUUGUGUGAAGGGCGGUGAUAAGAAAUCUCCUGAUGGCGGACUGCUGAGGAAGUAUACGGAUAUGGAGGUGACCUUGAUCGAUUACACGCUAUCCCGUGCAAGCAUCCGCGUAUUGUCAGAAUUAGGAGAGGAGAAUUCGGAAAUAAGUGAGACGGAGGUGCUUGCGAAUUCGAUGCGCGAGACAAAUCUGUUUGAGCAACAUAGCGACGAAGAGAACGACCAAAAUCAAUUCGAUACCUACCGGUACAUGAGAGACGUCAUGCACGAAAAGCACAACACUGCACAGCGAAAGAACGGAUGGCAGUCUUACAUGCCAAUGACUAAUGUUCUUUGGUUGCACCACAUUCUCGUCGUCUUGAUGAAAGCGACCGGAUUGUUUGAUGAGAACUGGGAUUUCACUGGUCCAUAUGUGACUCCACACAAUGGCAAACCCAUACUUCAUCUCGACAACAUCAGAAAAUUGAUCGACCCUGUCGGGAUCUGGGAAUGGGAAUGUCGGUCUGCAACAGAGCUCCUGAGCUAUCAAGUCAUGAACCAAGAAAUAAAAUGGAAUUGGCAAUGA